GCACGUAGCAGAAACCGCCACCUGCGUUCUAGCUGGCCAGCGGCCAGCUCUACAUGAUAUCCCCGGAAAACAAGCAAUAAAGUGGUCAGACAGUGGACAGCACCAGUCAAACUUUCCAUCUGUUCGCAGUCCCUCCGCCCACGUCCUCGCUCGUCUCACCAGCUCCUUUCUCACUCUUCCCCUCUCGUCCGUUUCCCAAACUUUCAGCAACAACCUUUUUCUCCGGCCCAGGUUGCACCUCCCCUUCUCUGCGCCUCAUCAUUGCAUCACACUCCGCCAAAAGCCCUGCCACUUUUUUGAGCCAUGAAAUCAACCAAAAACAUCCUUCAUGGCAUGCAUCCCCUCUCCUCCCCACCUCUUUAAUUAUUGCUACUCUUUUUUUCCUUACUAUAUAUAAAUCCCAUACCUACUCUACCUUGGUCACUUAAUUCCCCGCUCUACCUAUCACUCCUAAUGGCCUUCUCCCCUUCCUUCCUUCUCCUUAUCGUCUCGGUCUCCAUCCUUUUCCUUUCUUCUCUCGGCGACUAUGCUGCCGAUACUAGUACUCAAAAAUCUUACAUCAUCCGCGUCCGGGGUGACCUCAAACCUUGUGUGUUUGCCGACGUCGAGCACUGGUACUCCUCCACUCUCAAUACCCUCUGCUCUUCCACCGACUCUCUCGAGAGAUCCUCCCAGGCGACACGUGGCGACCGGAAGCUCCUCCACGUGUACCGCACAGUCUUCCAUGGCUUCUCCGCCGUGCUGACCCCAGCGGAGGCUGAGCUUCUCCAGUCCGACCCGGUCGUCCUUGCUGUCCUCCCCGACCAGCCCCGCCAACUCCAUAUCACCCGCACCCCACUCUUCCUAGGCCUCGUCUCCGCGGAUUCCAAGCCCAAGUCGCUCCUUGCAGUUGCUGAAUCCGGCUCCUCCGUGGUCAUCGCCGUUAUUGACACCGGCAUCCGCCCAGACCAUCGGAGCUUCGCCGACGAUGGCCGCCUGCCCCCACCCCCCUCCCGCUGGAACGGCUCCUGCGACCACGGACCCUCCUUCCCAGCCACCGCAUGCAACCGAAAGCUAGUUGGAGCCCGCUUCUUCUCAACUGGCUAUGUGGCGGCCACCCACGGCACUGCCACCAACGUCGGUCCCGACAUCUUCUCCCCCAUCGACUCCGAGGGUCAUGGGACCCACACCGCCUCCACUGCUGCCGGCGUAUCCACCCCUAACGCCUCCCUCCUCGGCUACGCCGCCGGCCUCGCCUCCGGCGUGGCUCCCAGCGCCCGCGUCGCCGUCUACAAGGCCUGCUGGUCCACCGGCUGCUACGACUCGGACAUCCUCGCAGCUGUCGACGCUGCCGUCACGGACGGUGCCGACAUCGUGACCCUCUCCCUCGGAGCCGGUAGCGUCCCCACGCAUCUCGAUCCCGUCGCCAUCAGCGCCUUCGGCGCGACCGAGCGCGGGGUCUUUGUAGCCGCAUCUGCCGGCAACGGCGGCCCCGGCGAGUCAACCGUUGCCAACGCCGCCCCCUGGAUAACCACAGUCGGCGCUGGGUCAAUAGACCGCCGAUUCCCCGCCGACGUCGUGCUCGGAGACGGUACCGUAAUGACAGGCGCCGCCAUAAAUGCCGGGAUGCGCUUUUCUCCAAGGCGUUCCUUCCCUCUAGUGUACGCAGGAAACGUGUCCAUAUCGACUCCUGGGUUCCGGUCCUCGGCACCCUACUGCUUCAACGGGUCGCUGGACCCGGAGGCGGUGCGCGGAAAGGUGGUGCUAUGCGAGCGUGGCGCGGUGCCGCGCGCCGAGAAAGGAUUGGCCGUGAAGAACGCCGGCGGGGCCGCGAUGAUCCUGGCAAACGCUCCCACCGACGGGGAGGGCGUGACCCCGGACGCCAACGUCCUCCCCGCCGUAUCCGUCGGUUACAAGGCUGGGAGAGCUAUAAAGGAGUACAUCGGCGCCAACAACGAUCCACGUGUCCGUUUGAGCUUCCGCGGGACCCAGAUCGAGGUCAAGCCCGCACCUACCCUGGCCGGAUUCUCCGGGCGCGGGCCCAGCUUGCAUUCCCCACACGUCAUCAAGCCGGACGUGAUCGCGCCAGGUGUCGGCAUCCUGGCGGCCUGGCCGGACCGGGUGAGUCCGACGGGGUUAAAGGCCGACCGGCGCAGGACGGAGUUCAAUAUCAUCUCCGGCACGUCGAUGUCGUGUCCUCAUGUCGCCGGAGUGGCGGCGCUGCUGAAGGCCGCGCAUCCGGACUGGUCGCCGGCGGCGAUUAAGUCGGCACUGAUGACGACGGCCUAUGUCGCAGAUAAUAUGGGCCAAGAUUUGGUGGACGAGGGCACCGGAAACAGGUCCACCGAGUGGGCCUAUGGGUCCGGACAUGUGGACCCGGAGAAGGCCGUCGAUCCUGGUCUGGUCUAUGAUCUGACGGUUGAGGAUUACUUGGAUUUCAUGUGCAGCUCCAAUUACAGUAGCGCCGCCAUCAGGAUGAUAACCAAGAGACAAGUGAAUUGUUCAGACAAGACACGGAAGCCAUGGGAUCUCAAUUACCCAUCAAUUUUGGUGGUUCUGGAGCAAUCCGGGAGUGGUAAUCUUGAAGCUCUAGUUCAUCGGACGGUGAUGAAUGUGGGAGAGGAGAAGUCGGAGUAUAGUGUAAGUGUCAAAGAACCCGAAGGAGUACGACUGGUGGUGGAGCCUCAGAAGUUGGUGUUCGAAGGCAAAGGGCAGAAGCAGGAGUUUGCCGUUAAGGUUUCGGCGGAGGCUGUUAACUUGCCCCGGGGGGGUUCCUUGACAGAGUUCGGGUCGGUGACAUGGAGCGACGGGAAGCACAGGGUGAGGAGUCCAGUUGCAGUAACAUGGCAGCAGCCGUAUUAAACUCGACCAGGAGUGAGAAAUGUUGAGAAUGUGCAGGUUGGUACGUACAUCGAUCCCAUAAGCAGCUCUUAAAGGUGGCGGAAGCUCCCCGCUUGGGGGUUGGAGGUGAAUUGCUGGAUAAAGAGAGAUACUGCUUCACAGGUCGCUUGCUUUGUUGUCAGUUGGCAGAAAUAUUUGUGCAAUAUAAAUAUUUAAUAAGCAUGUCCCUAAUUGUGGUAGCGUUAUAUAUAUGUUGAUGCACUUAAAAGACAUAUGAAUAAUGCAAUGACAUAGCGUUGCUUU